CGGUCUCCGCGGUGGCCGCCUUAUCCGAGAGUUUAAAUUCCCCGAUUUCUGCAUGAACUUCAAACCUUUUCAGUUUAUCAUCGUCAUCAUUCUUCAAUAUGAGCAAUUUCAGUAAUGAGAGGCGGUUCUUCAACUAUCCUGAGCCUCAGGAGGGACCUCAUGUGCCAUAUGCUAUUGAGCGGAAUAGGAAUCCGGUCUUGAGAGGACCUUUUCUCGUUGCUGCUGCAUUUCUGUAAGUUUUUUUUUAUUAAUGGCAUGAGAAGCUAUGAGUUGCUAAUGGUGUAGGAUGGAAUGGAUUCGGUUUAUUCGUGAGACCGCCUGGGCUAAUGCGGGUUUCGCUUCGCUCCGGAAGAUCCGGACUUAUCUUGAGCAUUGCGAACCUCGCUACGAUCCAACUGUCGUGCCGAUCGCGCUUUCUGAAGCUGAGGCUAAAGAACGCGGUGAGAGAGUUCAGAUUUCGGCUUUACAACAGGCAAAUGCUUCUCAGACAUUAAACCCGUCGAAAUUCUACUCGGCAGCUGAUUAUCGAGCACUGUAUCUUUCUGGGGAGCUUACCCCGGUUGAUGUUGCCAAGGCGAUUCUGCCUUUGGUUGAAACCGAUGGCCCAACACCUGGCCGACACGCCCAAGCUUGGAGGGAGCUCAACAUUGAACGUAUCAUGAGAGCCGCUGAAGCUUCAACCGAACGCUAUAAAAACAAGCAACCCCUCGGUCCCCUCGAUGGCGUUCCCUCUGCUAUCAAAGACGAUUAUGAUUUAGACGGCUACUCAACAACCCUAGGCUCUCCAAGAGAUUACACCGAGACUCCUAAAGACGGAGAAUCGACUACAAGCUGGAUCGUACGAAAGCUCGAAGAAGCAGGCGUUGUCAUCAUCGGCAAACUCGCCAUGCACGAGUUCGGACUAGAUACGACCGGCAACAACCCCAAUCAAGGAACGCCGCGUAAUCCAUUCAAUUCAGGCUAUUAUACCGGCGGAAGCUCAUCUGGUCCUGCAUACGCUGUCAGUUCUGGACUUAUUCCUCUCGCUUUGGGUAGUGAUGGCGGUGGCAGUAUUCGAAUUCCUGGAUCGUUUUGCUCGGUGUUUGGGUUGAAGCCUACGCAUAACAGACUUGCUUCUUGGCCUGGUGCGAAUCACUCACCGACAUGUGCUGUUCAAGGGCCUUUGGCUGUUGAUAUGCAGUCGUUGGCAGCUGCGUACGAAGCCAUCGCUGAACCUCAUCCUUCAACGCAAUUUCCACCCUUGGCUCUUCAACCUUCACCGCCUGUUACCAAAGUCCUCGGUAUCUUUGAUGCAUGGAUUUCACGCGCUACACCAAGUGUUCAGUCGUUGGUUCGUGGGCUUGUUGAAUCUUUGGCUGCUAAGCACGGAUACACUCUUGUCCCGAUUGAAAUUCCUUUCCCUGCUGAGGGUCAGAUGGCGCAUGCACUUACUGUUCUGACUGAUGCUUCGACAUUGCUGUAUGAUACGAAGGGUUUGACGCCUGCUAACAAGAUUUUGCUUGCGCUGGGAAGGACUACGCCCUCAACGGAUUAUUUGCUGGCUCAGAAGCUGAGAGGAAUGUUAAUGCAGCAUCUUUCCUAUCUUUGGAAGACAUACCCCGGCAUGCUUAUCAUUACCCCCACUACCGCUUGUGCCGGUGCACCUAUCCGUGGUGGAAAGUCCGAGUUAUCUUAUGGCGUCAAUGACGGAAAUUAUACACUCGAAAGCAUGGAAUACGUCUGGCUCGCUAACUUCUGCGGCCUUCCUGCCAUAACCGUUCCAGCAGGCUAUGUCGUUCCCGAGGGUAGAAAAGACGCUGGCGAAGUUGCUGAUAGAGACACGGAGGGCAAAAUCCCAGUUGGACUCAUGGCUACGGGCGAGUGGUGCAGCGAAGAUGCGCUGUUGCAGUUUGGUUUUGAUGCAGAGGCUGCUGGACAGGAUCUUCGAUGCAAGCCGCCAAUUUGGGAGGAUGUGAUUUCGAGGGCUAAAGAUGAGGCUAAGUUGAGUAGAGGGCCGCGCCAUGGGGGUAGAAGUGAGUAGAUCUGACUAGUAGAGUUAGAUAGAGUGUUCAAGUUUGGGGGGGAGGGGAAAUGGGAGGAUAUAUCCUAGAUGUUUUAUAGAGUUUAUUCUAUUUUCAUACUAGUAAAACUGUAUAUAAGUGAAAUCUUGAAGGAUUUAACUGCAG